CCCGUUUAUAGAAUUCCCCAACAUUAUGCUUCUUUUGGGGGGAAGCGGGAGAAAUGGAGAAACCAAAUGGUGCCAAGUUUUGGACACAAAGUGAAGGUGGAGGACGACUCUAAUGUCUUAUUUUCUCCAUGAUUUGUCAACGAGAAGCUUCAUGGGAUUUUAUUGUUUUUACGAAACUGACGAGUGGGGAAAGCAUGCUUUUCUUUCAAUUUAUUAUGCUAACCAACUCUCUCCCUCUCUCUCUCUUCCAGUUAAAGCAAGAAGCUAAGCCAAGCCAGCUAUACUGAGCUCUUCACUCUCAUAGACCCACCUCCUCUCUCUCUGUACUAGCUUCUCCCUCUAAUUCCUCUUCAUAAAUAACGUACCGCUCUGAAUCUGAACUUCAGCCAGGAUUCUCAGCUCAGAGCUGUUCCUGUCGGUGCUCUGGAGCUUCCGUUCUGUCGGAAAUCGGAACUGCCGGUUGAAGGUUGCUCCACAUGGCUGGAAAGGAAUUCGCUCACAUUUCCGACGCGGCGGAGCUACGCGGCAGGGAUUUCAGCCUGCUAGUUCAGCAUUCGUUGUAGAGCUUGCUUCGACUCUUCGAGUCCGUUUUCUGCAAAAUGCUAGCAGGAAAGUGUUUCACACACCAGAUUUUCCUAAUGAAAGCGUGCUCCACCUACAAGUUGCUAUACUUUCUAUUUGUUAUCAUUACAACAACUAUUAUACCCCUGGCUCAUGGUGAUAUAAAGUCAGACGAAGAAGCUCUUCUUGCCUUUGCUGCCUCUAUUCACCACGGACGGAAGAUUAACUGGAAUUCUGGGAUCCCCAUCUGCUCAUCAUGGGUUGGCAUUAAUUGUAGCAGAGAUGGGGCCCAUGUUGUAACAGUUCGACUUCCAGGAGUUGGACUCACUGGUGAAAUCCCCCAAAACACCCUUGGGAAGUUAAAUGGUUUAAGGGUUCUCAGUCUUAGAUCCAAUGUCAUAUAUGGAACUCUUCCUUCUGACCUUACUUCACUUCCUGAGCUUCGCAACCUCUUCCUCCAACAUAACAACUUAUCUGGACAAAUACCAACUUUUCCCAAGCAAUUAAGCAUUCUGGAUCUUUCAUAUAAUUCCUUCAGUGGUACCAUUCCUCCCUCAGUGAUUCAGAAUUUGACCCACUUGACUGCAUUGAACCUCCAAAAUAACUCCCUAUCUGGACCUAUACCUAAUAUUACACUUCCAAGGCUAAAACAUUUGAAUUUAAGUUACAACCAUCUAAAUGGCUCUAUUCCGUCCUCUCUUCAAAAGUUUCCCAAGUCUUCAUUUCUAGGAAACUCUUUCUUAUGCGGAUUGCCAUUAAGAACUCCCUGUUCUUCGCCUCUUCGACCACCACCGCUGUCUCCUCCCAAUACCCAUUUACCACAUGGUCCUAAAGAACGCGGACAUAGGAAGAAAUUUAUUAUUAUUAUCGCUGUUGCAGCUUGUGGGACUGCAGUGAUAUUUAUUGUAGCUUUAUUGAUUCUCAUGAAUAGAAAAAAAAGUGAGGGUAGGGGUGUACUAAAAGGGAAACCUUCUGGUGGGGGAAGGAGUGAGAAACCAAGCGAGGAAUUUGGGAGUGGGGUGCAAGAGGCAGAGAAAAAUAAGUUGGUUUUCUUUGAGGGAUGCUCAUACAAUUUUGAUCUUGAGGACUUAUUGAGGGCAUCGGCCGAAGUGCUUGGGAAAGGGAGCUAUGGGACUGGAUACAAGGCUAUUCUGGAGGAGUCUAUAACUGUAGUUGUCAAGAGACUCAAAGAAGUCAUUGUGGGGAAGAAGGAGUUUGAACAACAGAUGGAGAUCAUAGGUAGAGUUGGACAGCAUCCAAAUGUUGUUCCUCUGCGUGCUUAUUAUUACUCCAAGGAUGAAAAGCUUCUAGUCUGCGAUUAUUUCUCCAGAGGCAAUUUGGCAAUGCUCCUCCAUGGAAAUAAGGCCACUGGGAGGACUGCUUUGGACUGGGAAACCAGAGUUAAAAUAGCCCUGGCAGCGGCAAGGGGGAUAGCCCAUAUCCAUUCCACAGGUGGCCCAAAGUUCACUCACGGAAACAUAAAAUCCACAAAUGUCCUCAUCAACCAAGAAGAUUCAGAUGCACGCGUCUCUGAUUACGGAUUAGCUCCUCUGAUGAAUGCCCCGGCAGCCCGGUCUAGGCAUCCCGGGUACCGGGCCCCCGAGGUGAUCGAAACUCGAAAGCACACACACAAGUCAGACGUGUAUAGCUUUGGGGUCUUGCUACUAGAGAUGCUCACUGGGAAACAGCCCACCCAAUCACCGGGGCGUGAUGACAUGGUUGAUCUCCCAAAAUGGGUCCAGUCGGUGGUGAGGGAAGAAUGGACCGCAGAAGUGUUUGAUGUGGAGUUGUUGAGGUAUCAAAACGUUGAAGAAGAUAUGGUUCAAAUGCUUCAGAUUGCGAUGGCGUGUGUUGCGAAGGUUCCGGAGAUGAGGCCAAGCAUGGAUGAUGUUGUUAGGAUGGUCGAAGAGGUACAGCAAUCUGACCCUGAAAACCGAGCAUCUUCUGAAGAGAACAAAUCCAAGGACUCAUCAAAUGUGCAGACCCCUUGAUUCUUUUGGAUUUAUGAUCUUAGUGAUUUUUGUUUGCUUAUUAUUGUUAAAAUUAUAUCUAUUACAUAUUAUAUAUAGGCAUUGUUUAGUAUUCCUUUUUAGGGGCCUGGUUUGCAAGUGCAUUUUCUUCUUACAUGAUCCCUGUACAAGUUAAACCUGUGGUUAAAUACCAUCAACAGCUGAUUGAUGUCUUCUUCUCUAGUACUCCA